GGUAAAGUGAAUAGUAACAUAAUUGACUUUUUAGUUUAAAAAUGUGGUUUUCGUUAAAGUGAACAAUACCAGAAAUUUUUCGUUAAAGUUCUUUAAAUUUAAUGUAGCCCCUUCGGUUAGACAACCUUAAAAAAAUAGAAAAAGAGGGGAAAAGGGAAAUAAAAGAAAAUAGAUAUUGCUUAUGCUAUAAGUCUACGAGUAUGAUAACAACACAGUAAAUUAAAUCAAGUUUUGGCGAAGUUUGUAUGUAGUGUUUUCUAGUUUAGAUUUACUUACUUGAUUUGGUGUGCUUUUUGCCUUUGCUAAUGAGGACUUGCUCAGAUAUUGAUGCAUAUAUAUAUAGAGAGAGCGUACGUACAAAAUGUAAUUACCCAGUCUCGGCUUCUUCUGUAUCGUCAAACACAACACAACCAACAAUUUCAGUUUAGUUUCUUUCUUCCUCAACGAAAGUACUUACUCUAAGAACGCACAUAGUCUAUUCUGAUAUAGAUCUUGAAACACCUAUGUCAACCACACACCCUUUUAGUAACUUUUGCAGUGGCCCUCAUCGAUUCUUGGGAGCAUUCCGCGACAACAUUUUGGAAUUCGUUCAAGAAUUCGAUAAUCUUGGUGAGUUUCUGCAUGGCAUGAAUGUUUGGCGGAGGCAGCUUACAGUGAAGGGACAAUGUGUUACGGUCCCCCUCUACAUCACUGAAGAAGAUGUGAAGAAACUGUCCAAACGACCGACUUGUGACCAUUGCCGGAUAACAGGUUGGAGCAAGCAUCUCCUGUGCAACCGAUCAUACCAUGUGAUCAUUCCGCCGGAAGAGGGUUGGAAUAACCCUAUACAGAAUUGUGUGCUUGAUCUGCAGAACCAUCAUGUAUGGGUUGAUUCGCUCUGAUCGUUACGGUCAUUUAUUGGGCA